GUACAAUUAUUAUAUCAAGAAAUGGGCCACUAAACAAAUUUACGCAAAAAAACAUUUAUUAUACGAUAUACGUAAAUUGUAUUUUAAAUACAUAUAAAGUAGCCGUUUGACAGUUGGGCCUAUUCCUACUGCACACAAGCAAUAUACCCCUGCGCAUAUGUUUAUUUAUUCAUUUGUAUGUGUACGAAGAUUGUGUUGUAUUUGCCACGAUAGGCACCACAGAGGUAUCAAGUGCCAUGUGUUUUAAGCGGUUUCUUCUAAUUACUUCUUGCUUCCAUGGGUAAAUGUGUAGUCAAGGUGGUCAGUAUACUCGCAGUUCGCUUAUCAUUUUUCUAACUUGUGAUUCAAAUUUUGUGUUUAAAGAUUAAACACUUUGGUUGUGAUACUGCUAAAACUAUACAAAAGGGUUGACAUUUACAGCUAUUUACAUAAUGAGCGAACAAUUAAGGCAAGGAAUUUUGGUCGGGUGCGGAAAUCCAUUGCUUGAUAUAUCGGCAACUGUGGAUGACAAUUUUCUGAAAAAGUACGAUUUAAAACCAAAUGAUGCGAUUUUGGCUACCGAAAAGCAUAUGCCGCUUUACAAAGAGUUAGUGGAGAAGUAUAAUGCUGAAUUUAUUGCUGGCGGUUCCGUGCAGAAUUCAUUACGUGUAUGUCAGUGGAUGUUGCAGAAGCCUAAUACAGCUGUAUUUUUCGGUUGCAUUGGCCAUGAUAGCUAUGGCGAUAUUCUAGACGAGCGAGCACGUUCAAACGGCGUAGAUGUACAUUAUCAACGCACCAAUGACGCACCCACUGGUACUUGUGGUGUUCUUAUUACUGGCACACAUCGUUCGUUGUGUGCCAACUUGGCAGCGGCCAAUCAUUUUACCAUAGACCAUUUGCUUACACCCGAAAAACAGAAACUCAUAGACAAUGCCGAAUAUUUUUAUAUAUCGGGUUUCUUCCUUACGGUUAGCCCGCCAAGCAUUCAGCAUAUUGCCCAACAUGCGCACACACAUAAUCGCACUUUUCUUAUGAACUUGAGUGCACCAUUUUUAUCACAGUUAUUCAAGGAACCAUUAAUGGCAGCAUUACCUUAUGUGGAUAUACUUUUUGGAAAUGAAUUGGAAGCGGAAGCAUUCGCAGCUGCUCAAGGUUGGGAUGACAAGGAAAUGAAGGAGAUUGGAAAGAAAAUGUUGGCUUUACCUAAGCAGAAUUCCAAUAGACCACGUAUAGUGGUGUUGACACAAGGUCAUUUACCUGUAUUGCUUAUACAAGAGAAUUCCAUUGAAGAAUUUCCAGUAGAACGAUUGGAGCCCAACGAAAUUGUCGAUACAAAUGGUGCUGGUGACGCAUUCGUUGGUGGUUUUUUGGCACAGUACAUACAAAAGAAGCCACUGAGUGUUUGCAUACGCUCAGGCAUAUGGGCAGCAAGACAAAUUAUCCAGCGUAGUGGCUGCACAUUCGACGGCAUACCUGAUUUCAAAGAGUAAUUAAACAGACUUACAAGAAAUCAAUAAAAAGGCGAAUUUGUUUUUUAUUAAUUAUAUUCGCUCCGAAGCGCUUUGAAAACAACAUUUUUUAUACUACUUAAAAAGCCACAAACGAAUUAUUGUCUCUUUGAUUAACUAACGCCUCUUACAAACGCUACCACCUAACAAGAACGAAUUUAAAUUGCAGCAAAGCAAUAAUGUAAUUUGUAUGGCAAUAUGCGUGAUGGUGCACAAAAAUUGAUCGUUCUAUUAAAAAUUAGGAAAGUUAACUAAUAAAAAUUAAAAAAAAAAGACAAAAAAAAUUGUA